GCUAAUUUGCAAGGAGCCCAACCGAAAUAAUUCGCGGGAAAAGAGAGAGAGAGAGAGGAGGAGGAGGAGGAGGAGAGAGAGAAAGUAGCGUUUUUUUUAAAAAAAGAGAGGAGGGGUAAAGAUGGCGCUCCGCCGCUUCCAGGUUGCUUCCAGACAACCCCGGCCACCCCAGGGCGCACGAGGGGUCUUCUGAACGGGGAGAUGCGCUCAGGAUACCCCGAUCGGGGCGCAGAGGAGUCAAGAGCGCCUCGCUUCUAAGGCUUCCUGUCCCCCCCCCCCGGGAUCUUUCCUCUCCCCCUGGCCAUGGAGCAGGGCUGGGGGCCGACCUGGUAGGAGCCCCCCUACCCUCGUCCGGGUCGGCAAAUAGAGAGACUCCGCGUUCUUGCCUGGGUGGGUAACUGUAUCGACCGCAUCUUUUCUCUCCUGGUUCUCUCUCUCCCCCACCCUGGAAACCUUUGACGCUGGAGACCCCACCUAGGGCUAAAAUGGAGCCCAGGAGCAUGGCGACCCCUGACCCUGGGCGCACUUAUGCAGCCCUCGGACACCUGCAGCAAUCGAUGGCAGACUGGAUAGCCCGAACUUGGGACAGCCGGCGGGAGCUGAUGGCUAAAUUGCCCGAAGGACAGUAUGUCUUGUGCCGUUGGACUGAUGGACUUUAUUAUCUUGGGAAGAUUAAGAGAGUGAGUGAUGCUAAGCAAAGUUGCCUGGUGACCUUUGAAGAUAAUUCCAAAUACUGGGUGCUUUGGAAGGACAUCCAGCACGCUGGUAUCCCCAGUGAACAGCCGGAAUGCAACAUCUGCCUGGAGAAGACAUCGGAGCCUCUGAAUGAGAUCUUGAUCUGUGGGAAGUGUGGAGUUGGUUAUCACCAGCAGUGCCACAUUCCUCGGGUGGGGAGCCUUGAAGAGUCCCUGGUGACCCCCUGGUUUUGUCGGAGAUGUAUUUUUGUACUCGCUGUGAGGAAAGGGGGUGCCUUGCGAAAGGGAGCCAUCGCCCGGACCCUGCAGAUGAUCAAAAUGGUCCUGUGCUACAAUCCGGAGCAGCUGGAAUGGGAUUCCUUGCACAGAACGAACCAGCAGCAGUGUUACUGCUACUGCGGUGGUCCCGGCGAAUGGUACCUGAAGAUGCUGCAGUGCGUUCACUGUCGCCAGUGGUUUCACGAAGCUUGCAUGCAGUGCCUGAACUUCCCCAUGCUCUUUGGAGAUCGGUUUUAUAUUUUCUACUGCACAUUGUGUAAUCAGGGACCUGAGUAUCUCAAACGCUUGCCUUUAAGAUGGGUGGACGUCGUGCACCUUGCCCUCUACAACCUGGGCGUGCAAAGCAAGAAGAAGUAUUUCAACUUUGAGGAAAUUUUGGCCUUUGUCAAUCACCGCUGGGACCACUUUCAGCUUGGCAAGUUGGCUGCAACUCCUGUGGCAGAACGAGGUCCUCUCCUUCUAGAUGCACUAAACAGCUACAAAAGCAGGUUCCUGUGUGGGAAGGAAAUCAAGAAAAAGAAAUGCAUCUUUCGCCUGCGGGUUCGAGUCCCGCCGUAUCCUCCCAGCAAAAUCCUGCCGGACAAGUUGGCAGGGCUGAGCGAGCCAAAGAAAAGGGGGAAAUGCAAACACGCCCACAAAAGCAGUUUGCAGCCUCACCAAUCCCAGCACGAACGGAGAAGGAAAAGGCCCAAAUUCCUCUUGGAGGAUGCUAUUCCAAGUGUCAGUUUGCAAAAAAGGAUGGGCUUGGAGGAAGGAAAAAAAAAAAGCUGUGGGGAAUUGCCUCCAAAUUCCUUGUGGGGCUGGGAGAGGAUUGUGGGUUUUCUUGAAAAUUAUUUUCCCCACUUGAGGAUGCUGGAUAACGGCUGUUUGUUUGUUUUCCCCCCUCUCUGUCUUGUUGCUUUCCUGCCACAGAGUGAUUUUGCCUCAGCUUGGAGCACCAACCAUCACCUGGCCUGCAUCUUUGAUUUCUCGCUGGAUGAAAUCCAGAGUCUAAAAAGCAUAAGCUCGGGUCUCUCCGACGUAGAUUCCACGGAUGCUGUCAGCACUUCGGGCUCAGCCUCAACGAGUCUGUCCUGUGAAUCAAGGACAAACGUCGGGAGCCGUAAACGCAAACUCUCCGCUAAACCAUAUGCGGCGCUCGACCCCACCAAGCAGAAAUCCUCCGAGCAUCUUCGCAGACUUGUCCCCGGCUGCUCCUUGGAUGGCAGUGACCGUGCCAGCAGUUCGGAUCGCCCGGACAACGCCAUUGACUGCCAGACUUUAGAGAGCUUGAGCGAAGAUGAUUUAUCCCUCUCUCAUCUCCAGUCCUCCAUCAGCAGCUACUUCGGAGCCACUGGCCGGCUAAUUUGCGGGGAGAAAUAUCAAGUCUUGGCUCGGAGGAUCAGCCCGGAGGGAAAAGUGGAGUAUCUCGUGGAGUGGGAGGGCAACACUCCCUACUGAUGGGUGUCGGGGUCCGGCACUUGAUGCCGUAAGAGAGGAACAGGGUGGGAAUGGGGGAGCCAACUACGAAAAACAGAUUUGUUCUUAACUGCCUUGUACAAAGUCUGUUUAAGAUCAGUUUUUUUCCCCAGAGGUUUCCUGUUGUAGACUCCUAAACGGGGCCCUUUGGGUUGGGCUAGGAAAGAUGGAAAGGGUGGCUUCACGGCCAAAUAUUGCUCAAUCUUAGCGCCGUUUGGGGCAAAAAAGGGGAGUGAAUUCCUGGGUCAGCCCCAUAGAAAUGACACCACCUGGACAAAGUUGGCCCCCAUCUAACGUGGCACUUAUUCCCCCCCCCCCGUGGUAAAGGAUAGCAAGAGGUCAUGCUUCUAUAAUUAUCAAGAGGGAUAGCCCUGCCUAGCAAAUGGGAUGAGCAGAGAGUUUGCAGGGAGGUGUUAAAGUAGAUGGCAGACAAGAUGGCAGGUGUACAAAAGCAUGUAAGGGCAGACUUUAGGGACCCUUCCAAGCUCCUGGGUGCGCCCCCAGAAUAACCUUUCCUAAGCUGGGUGGCAGUUCUAAUGUGACCGAAGGGAGAAAUUAACAAAUGCACUAGCGACACACAUCUGGAUUCUCUUGAACUUAAUUUGAAGUCAACAUUCAGUUGUGGAGUUUCCUCCCGUGUCCGUUUGGGCUGGAUGAUUUGUGGGUUUUUUUGGCUGGCGUGCACGAAAGCCUAACAUUUGGUCAUAACUUCACCCAGGAUGGUCUGGUUAAGAUAAAUGUCUCAAAAGGAGCCAGUUCCCAGCCGAGGAAAAGCACAAAACUGGCUGUUGCAUUUUACAUUGUCAAGGGUCCUUCUUUCACAAGUGCCUCUCUCUCUCUCUCUAUAUAUAUAAUACAUUAUAGUAUAUUUGCAGAGCAAUUCUGAAUCUAACUGUAUUUUCCUGCUCCUGUUUGCACAGUUUAGCUCGAGGCCCCUACAGACAAGACAGGGCUUCUAAAAUAUAUAUUCUUUCCCCCCUCGCCCCCCCCCCCGUCCCCCAGAAGGACUUAUUUGUAUUUUUAAAUAUUAUAAUAAUUAUUUUUGCAUUGGUUUGGACUGAUCUUGUAAAUGCUUCUAUGCACCUUCACAGUGUCAAGGCUGCUGCUUUUUUAAGAUAACUGACCUUUUUGUUUGUUCGUUCUGUUCAAAUGGCAACGAAUGUGUCAGGGGUACAACUAUUAAAAAAAAGAAUAUUGAGAUAACUUUGCCAUAGGUUUGUAUUGCUAGUGCUGCAUGAGAGCGUACAGCAGCUGCAGGAAUUACAAAAGGGUCUAUGCAGAAUGUUAAAAAAAAA